AUGUCGAUCGAUUCGACAUCAGCGUCAAUUCAUUGUAAAAAAGCAUUGAAAUCAUCGUUAUCACAAGCAGAGAACUAUCCAUAUUCGAGGCAUUCAUUGAAAGAGUGUCAAAAUCGAACGCUUUCAAAAGAUCGAAAAAUGUCGAUGUCCGAAGAAUCGUCUGGUGAUUUACUUACAGAAUUAUCAUCGUUACCAUUUAAACAGAUAAAUACUAAAUGUAAUAGACGACUUAGCGAUUUAAAAUCGCCUUUAAUACAACAAAAUCAAGUGAUUCAUUCUGGACGACGAAAUUCAAUGCCUCAAAUUAGUUUCGGCUCCUUACUACCCAAUCCUUUUCGUUCGAAAAAACAUCACCAUAAAAACAUAUCAAAAGACGAUACACAUACACCUGCUAGUACUUUUAACAACAACUAUUCGCCACAUCACAACGACAUGAUGAUAAUGAAAACCGAACAAUCUUUACCUUCGAAAUCAUUCAGUACACUCCCGAGCAAUGCACGAACAAGUUUAUCCGUUAGUAAUGAUCGUUUAUCGCCGUCUGUCCAUGAAGAUUCAACAUCAUCAAUAUCGUCUUUAUCGUCCCUAUUUACUCUUCAAUCAAAUCUGUCUGCCACGCGGGCACCUGAAACUCCACCAUUAGAACUACAUACAUCAUUAUGUAUCGCCGAGAUCUAUCGUGAACAUUUUUAUGAAUAUUUUCAUAUCAAUUAUUGUGGUGAAUUCGAACACGACGGUUCAUUUAUUGCGUCACUUCGAUAUUUUUAUAACAAACCAAUUGUAGUCAAUAAUAAUAAUGCACCGUCGUCAAUAGACAACACUAUUACACAUUCCCAAGCUCGAGCUAUUAUUCGUACUUCCACUCGUAAUUAUGAUGUAUCUGUAAUGCUCGAUGGAACAAAUGAGGAUAAUAUUCUUCAACUAUUAUUUAAUAAAGCAGAUUUACCAAGUAUACAUACCUAUAAACCUAUCGGUGAUCCAAAAGCCAAUGAAAAAAUUUAUUUAUUCGAUAAAACAAAUGAUGAAAGACAAAAUUGUAAAAUUGGUAUUAUUUAUCAAGGCGCAGAACAAACAAAUGAAUAUGAAAUUUUUAGUAAUGAUGGUUUAUCAGAUGAAAUGUCGCGUUUUUUAAAUAGCCUUGCCGAUAUUGUACGUUUAAAAGGUUUUUCUAAGUAUCGCGGUGAUCUUGAUGUAAAAGAUGAUCUACAUGGUGAUGAAUCAUAUUAUACAAAAUAUAAAAAUCAUGAAAUUAUGUUUAAUGUGGCUCCGAAGAUACCAUCAACAAAAGCCAAUGGCCAAUGUAUCGAACGAAAAAGUCUUGUAGGAAAUUCUUUUGUUUGCAUUGUUUUUCAAGAGUCCGAUACAGAAUUUACACCAGACUAUAUUUCGGGCAAAGUAACACAAAUCUAUAUUACAGUAAAACCUUACACAAUCGAUGAAGAUCUUUUUUAUAAAAUCGGUAUUUGGCAUCGUAACGACUUCACAUCAGCCGUUGAACCAUCCGGUGGAAUAUAUAAAUAUGAUGAAUCAUUUCGUGAUUAUUUUCUUACAUUAUUGCUCAAUUCAAUAACUGCUGCUACUGAAUCGCCAAGUUUACGUUUUCGCGUAGCCGAACAAAGACAACGUUUAAGACAAGAAGAGUUUAAAAAACUUCUGCAAAAUUUAUCUAUCGGGCAAAUCUUAGAUACGACGUCCGAAGCUGAACAUACAACUUCUCAUUUACUUCAACGUGUCAAUGCACGAAGCGGCAGUAUUGUUAGUAUAGCAACACAAUCAACAACUGAAAGUAUUGGCUCAAGUUCUGGUCGCAUAUCACCCGUGUCCACAAAAAAACGACGUAUAUCGAAAAUAUUUGGUGUCUUUACGAAUAGAUCAGGUUCGAUUUCUUCGGCACCAUCCACUUCAUCUCUAUCAGCAAAUCUAAUAAAUAAUAAUCAAUCAACAACGUCUUCAACUCAACACGAACCAAGUACAAUGCAACGUCGAACAUCAAAUAAAGAAAAUGAUAGACGAAGAUCGUCUGUAAAAUAUUAUCAUGCACCACCACCUCCACCGCCAAUUCUAUCUCAGUUAAAUUCUCUGCCAGUACAGUUUACGACAUCAAAUGAACCGCCAACUCCUCCACCUAGAUCAUCGCAAUCGUUCGAUGCACUCAAUGAAAAAAAUAUCAAUUCAUUUAGUUCAUCAAAACAAAAUCAUGUUUCACACGCGGGCAUUGUAGAAGAAACGAUGCGUAGCCGAUCAAAUUCAUCACCCGAUGUUACUCCGAUUAUAACGAAAAUUUCUCCAUCAAAUGUAGCAGACAUAAAGGAAGAAAUCGAUAAUACAAGUAGUUCACUAGACGAUGAAGAUGAACUAACUGAAGAAGAAAAAAUUCAACAUCGUCAAACACUAACUGAACCUCCACUAACAUUACUAAUUAAUACAAAUUCAUAA